AGCAGUUAGCUGACACAUUUUUCAAGCUCUAUACACGAAAAGACAGUUGCAGAUGGAUUCUGUGAACGAAAGUGCAGAACGCAUCAUGGAACGAGUGCGCCAAAGAAACCUAGAGCUGAGCUCAUCCAUGGAGCAAGAGAACGAAAGCGUUUCGAGCAAUAAGGAGCAGCUUUUUAGUAAAAAUGAAGAUCAAGCUGCAAAUAACAGGAGUAGUGAGAAGCCCGAUAUACCUCCAGCUUCGUCAUCUCCAUUCAAAAACAAGACAAACAAUACCGCAUCCACCACUGCACCCUUGUCAACAUCACCAACGAAAACACCAUCAAGGCUAAAGUCAAGAUUUUCGGAGCUAGCGGCAGAGUAUGAGCAGUUUGAAAUCGACAAGAACUGGCAUCCUCCGGCAACAAAAUCCAAGGAAGCCUACAUGAAGGGAGUGUCACCUAGGCUCAGCAUGGGCGAGACCAGAGCAUCUGUGUUGUGUACGCCUGCUGGUAUGGCUCAAAUGAAGCAGUCAAAUACGGCAAAAUCUCCUAACUCCAGGGAGCCGUCACCUCAGAAAACUGUAACGAUAGUUUGCAACAAAACUCCACAACCAGUCGAACCUCCGAAAGAAGCUCCUCGUCGUAUAACCUUUGCUCAGCCAAUCUCUGACACACAUAUAAUGACUGAUGAGUCUUCGUUGUGUUCUACAAUCAACACAGCGGAUGAAAGCAGCAUCCUUGCUGGAGGACCACCAGUACCAGUACCAGCUGCCAGAAAUUUCACUAAAAAUAAGGACGGAGAAGUAGACUUGUCCAAUGAUGAGUAUGGAGCUCAUACUUUUACCAAAAAGACCUUUACAUCGUCCAGCUUCAUCAAGGAAAAAGAAGAACAGGUGGAUCUGUCUAGCGAUGAAUAUGGUGCACACACUUUUCUGAAAAAGAAAACACCACCAAGGACAAAAACACCAUCGUCCUCAUCUAUUAACAUGAUCUCACCCAAGCCUUUUAAUCGUAGUGCCAGUCAAACCCACUUCUCACCGGUGCACUUUAAUCCCAUCACCACCUCAUCUCCGAAUAAUGAGAGCACAACCACAAUCACAAUGGAGACGAAAAUGAUUACAGAAAUUCCUAUAUCUGAAGUGCGCUUGCGUCCAACAGAAACUCGGAAAGACUUCAUGGACGAUCUCGAGAUGCGUGCGAAAAGAGCAACCAGCACUAGUGAAGAAAACGUUGAUGCUGCGUCAAAGGAGAUGUCUCCCAUCAGAGCAGCUGUGAUGGAAUCGGCCAAAGCUAAAAAGAUUGCGCGGCAGCUAGAAGAGAAGCUGAAAACUACUCAAACUAAGAUUCCAACACCCAAGCCAGUAGGAGGGCCAGUCACAGCGAUCACAGCUGUACCACCGGUAACUCCUACUACGCCUCGCAUUCAGACUCAGUGGCGUGGAAGUCAAGAUACGCCCGUAGUACAGGGUACCGUUCCGGGUAUUCCAACUCUGCCUGAUGUUCCAGCAAGUAAUCUUCAAAAUUUGAGAACGAGAUGGGAGCUAUCCUCUGUCACUGGUACUCCACUUCACCCCGAUGAGACCGAGGAGGAAAUUUUAGCAGCGGCUAGGCGCAUGCGCGAUGCGACAAGAAAAGUCCAUCAUAAACCAAAGAAUUCACAACCCUAUCUGGCUAAGAAGAUCUCACAGGCCCUCAAGCAGGAGCAGCAACGCUCCCCAACUUGUUCCCCGCUCCACAAGAGUCCACGGUAUGCUGAUGACUCCGAUGAGGAAAAAGAAGUAAGAUCCACCUACAAGGCCACAUCAUCAACGAAGCUAGCCUACUCUCCUUACAAAUCUCCUGCUAUCAAGAUAUCGCCAAUUCGAACACCAAAAACACCAGUCCAAAAGUCACCAAUUCAGCCUCCAAAGACGCCAAUCUAUCAGUCACCAAUGCAUCUUGAGCAACCAGACUCUGCAGAAGAAGCCAACAUUUUUGGAGAUGAUGAGGGGUCGAAUGAUGAGAUGAACGAGUCACACAGUGUUUCUCAUCUGAUCGAUAAAGCUUUUGAUUUUAUGGAUAGGACGCCAAAUAAGUAUGGAAGUACACCGACGAAAGUGCCAGAGGGUCUAGCACCAACUGCUGAAGAGGAGAUGUUUUCACCCAUGAAAGAAGUUUCGUGUUCUUUGCCUGUACCACCCGAAACCAAGGAGGAUCCAGUAUUCAUCCCAACCGAUAGUGCUAGUGAUAGUCAAGAUAAAGGAGAUUCAAGCAAAGAAUCUCUCCUGCCUUAUACGGUGUCGUUCUAUCGCAAGCGCAUGAGAGAAUUGAGGGCUGCCGAUAGUGGAGUAGAGAGAAUAGAUUUGACGACUGAUGUUUCUACUGCACAUCAGCAGACUAUCAUCGGAGGUGGCAGCUACGGUGAUGAUGAAGAGAGUGGACAUGCUAAAACUGAAAGAAAAACGCUUAUGGAACGUGAGAUUUCUGUGCAGCAGCAAAGAAUAUCGCAAGCCAUGCAAGCACUUCGAUAUUGCAAGGAACGCACAGAGUUUCGCGGGAGUCGAGAGGAGGUGGACGCGCAACGAGCACUUCUUAUUGCCACUGAAACGCGGCGUGCAUUGCUAUUUGAGAUCGAUCGAUUGAACAGAGGAGACUCUAGGAGAACAGAGGGUCCCCGGGGAACGCUCACAAUCAGCAAUAUCACAAUUUUCUUGGAUCGUGAAUUUGUGAAUUCCCAGCUGAAGUAUUCCAGUCACAGAGAUGAUAUUUAUUACUUCAUUGUGUUGCUGCGAUAUGGAUGCGAUGUACAACAUACUUCACUGGUUACCAGUGAUGAAGGGAUAAGGAAGAAUGGUCUUCUCGAGUUCAACUACUAUCUCACCUUGAAAGAUUUACCACCAGACUUUGUUUGUGCAAUGGAAGUCUACGGACUGAAAACCAAGCAAGAGCAUAUUUCUCAUGAAGUGAAGUAUCGCCUUGGAUCAGCAAAUACCUUGGGUAAAAAGCAACGCUCGAAGUUCCCAACCCUGACAUCGUUCGGAGGAUCCUCUGCAGUAGUGGAGCCAGCCUUCCAGUUGGUUGGCAGGCUCACCAUCGACAUUGAUACGCAGAGUCGGAAACUGACACUGCAAGAUGUGUUAGCACCAUUGGAAGGGACUGUGGUCGUAAAAAUGAAAAAGCACGCCACAGAUAAAGCUACUACUCUUCAUCGCGGUUUCUUAUCCAUGUAUCAACGAACAAACGAUGGUUUGGGGACUUGGACAAGGUAUUGGUGUGUCCUAGAGGGUGCAGAAAUGCGGUUUUGGCGCUGUCCUGAUGAGGAGAGAGACGGAAAACAAUGGCUGGUCUUACUUGACCUCCAAACAUGUGCCGGUGAUGGUGCUUCUACCGUUAGCGAUGUCUGUCCUUACCCUAAUAGCUUCCAUAUCGACGUUUGGGUGCCCAAAGAGGGAGCUCCCAGGCGAUCAAACGGGAAACCUGAAGUGGAGAAAUUGAGAGUUAUGCUAGCUGCCGACACUAAGGGCCAUCUAGAUAACUGGAUAGAAAUUAUCAAUCAAACGGCUCGUCAUGUGCUGAUUGCACAGGAGACGAGAGAGAGGUUACUUGCCUGCUGUACCAUGCAGACAGCGAAGCAGCGUUACGAUGCUGUUAAACCUCGUGAACGGGUUGAAUUUGGUGGAUACCGCUUUGUUAUUCCAUCUCUAGACUUCAAAGUGCCAAAAUUUCAAUGCUGCAAUGGUGCUCAUGAAGGUGCUGAGCCGUGUGAGCAAAAAGCGGAUAGCUUCGAUUUGACGGAGUGUGUAAAUGAGGUGCAAAACAUUAUCCGGACUACUUCAACAUCUGAAGAACUUCCGGGCACAUCCAAGCCUGUAGAACAUGCACAAGCUCCUCAUAAUUUGCGGAAUGAUUAUUCGAAAGUCCAAACCUCCUCCAAACAGGAAACACCAAUAAAUAAUUAUGGAGCUCAACUCACUGCAAUCGAAAGAUGUGCACAGACUCCUGGAGCGGUAAAGGCAUCUUGUGAGAAAAAUCCACCUUUGUUGGCAGCUCCAAAACUGGCUUCAGAGAGAUUUGAGAGCAGGAAUAAGCAAGAGUCAAUCUUGGCAGCACCCGCAAUCCUCGAAAAGCCCUCUACCUCAGCAGCAGUUCCUGCUACCAUACAAAAAUUACCUACCUCAAAUGUGCAAGUACCUAAUGAAGUCGUGGAGGAAAGUGAUGACGAAAUCAUAUUCCAAGAUGAACCAGAUGAUGAUUGCAUUUUGCUUGAUGAUGAGCCAGCGGGUCAUGAUUCUUUCGAUGAAGUUGAGUACAUGGAUACGCAACCGCCAACAAGUAAUGCUUAUCACCUCGACUCGGACGAUUCGUUCAACGAUGAAGCUUAUGAGAUCGUACCUAUACAACCACGAGCCAUUAGCGAAGAAAGACACGAUAUGCACGGGCAGUUUCGAGGUUUUCUCAAAGACGAUGGAGAUGAGUUUGAAGACGAAGUCGCUGCACUUGGUCAACAGCUUCGCGAUGAGAUGUACAGCACGCUAAAAGAGAAGUUUGGUUUCAAUUCCUUCCGCCAUCGUCAGAAAACAGCGAUCGUUGCUAUCCUGCUAGGAUACGAUGCUUUUGUGCUUAUGCCUACAGGUGCGGGCAAAAGUUUGUGCUAUCAGCUGCCGGCAGUCAUGUCGGAAGGUGUGACUGUAGUGGUGUCGCCACUAAAAUCACUUAUCGAAGACCAGCGGUCGAAGAUGAGAGAUCUAGGAAUUUCAUGUGAAGCUUUGACAUCUGAUCUAAACGACGGCGACCAGUCGAUAAUUUACAAUCGACUCAUGAGCUCACCUCCAGACAUCAAGUUAUUGUAUGUAACUCCUGAGAAGAUCAGCGCAUCUGGACGACUGGCUUCAGUUUUUGGGAGCUUGCACCGCCGCAACUUUCUUAUGCGUUUCGUUAUUGAUGAAGCACAUUGUGUCUCGCAAUGGGGUCAUGAUUUCCGUCCUGACUACACGAAGCUGCAAUCAUUGAGAAGAGAGUAUGCGCAACCAAAGGUGCCCAUCAUUGCGUUGACAGCUACAGCCACUCCUAAAAUUGUCGCUGACACCAAAGAUCAUUUGGGUAUCAAGGACUCAAAAUUAUUCAUCAGCAGCUUUGUGAGGGACAACCUCACUUACGAAAUAAUACCAAAAGCUGCGAAGUCAUUCAUAAAUGUGGUAGAAAAGAUGAAACAGCUGUAUCCAAACAAAGCCGGAAUUGUUUACUGCUUAUCAAGGAAGGAGUGCGAAAGUGUAUGUACUUCCUUGAAAAAAGCAGGUGUCCGUGCUGAAGUGUAUCACGCUGGUUUGCCGGAUAAGGAGAGAGUGCAGGUGCAACAUCGCUGGUUGCGAAAUAGUAUAAACGUAAUCUGUGCGACUAUAGCAUUUGGUAUGGGUAUAGACAAACCCGAUGUGCGAUUUGUUAUCCAUUACAGUUUACCCAAAUCUAUCGAGGGCUAUUAUCAAGAGACAGGAAGAGCUGGUCGAGAUGGGAAUCCAUCCUAUUGUUUGUUACUGUACAGCUAUCAGGAUGCGAUCAGGCUGAGGAGAAUGAUUGAGGCCGAUGACAGUCAAGCACCCGCAAGCGUUCGAUCGAUGCAUCUGCAAAAUAUUUAUCAAGUCGUAGCCUACUGUGAGAACAUCUCAGUAUGUAGAAGGAAAAUUCUUGUGGAACAUUUUGGAGAGGUGUAUGAUGCCCAAAUGUGCCUGAGAAGCAAUACACCUUGCGAUGUUUGCCAAAGACAGAAGCACCAUCCUGACGCCGUAAAGCUCUUUGAUGUGUCUGAGGAGGCGUUGUCAAUUAUGACAGCAAUGUCAAGAAUGAGAAAUGUGACAUUGAGGUACUUGGCUGAAUUGUUUCGUGGACAACUCAACAAAAAGGAUGCAGAGCAAGCGAUGCGCUUAGGACACACAGCAUACACUUUUUAUGGACGAGGUAUGGGAAUGACUGAUCAAGACUCGCUACGUUUCCUGCGAAAAAUGGUCGUCGAAGGAUAUAUUGAAGAGCGUUUGUACCGUACCAAAUUCGAGAGUACGGUGGCAUACGCAGAGCUAUCCGCGAAAGGCAAACAAAUGGUUGCGACUGGAACAAAACCAAAGGUCUAUCUACACGUUACCACCGAUAAAAAGCGGAAGUCGAUAGCAUCAGAUCUUCUAGCCAGGACGGCUGUAUCAGAAGCAAAGGCCUUAAAGGAGAAGCACAUGGUAAAAUAUGGCGACAUCUUCACCAGAUGCGUCCAGUCGCUGACCCAGUUGCUGACAGAUAUGGCAGAUGAAAUGCGACUGUCUGGCCCUUAUGCCAUAAUUUCGAGGGAGGGACUGGAACAGGUGGCGGCAUUAUUGCCGAGGACGAAUACCGACUUGCUUCAAGUUGAUUCCAUGACAUCGACGAAAAUCGAGAAAUAUGGAGGACGUAUUAUGACUGCACUGAAACCAUUUUGGAAAGAAGUCGAUGAGCGCGAUGAAGCCGAGAUGCGUCAACAACUAGAAAAACUCAAAGAGCUUGCGCCAGCUGCUCCUUUGCCGACAGUCUCAUCAGAGCCAUCCAGCUCGGCGGCUUCUUCCUCGACGGGAGCAUCAUCGGGGAAGUUUGCCCCAAGAUUUGGACGUUAUAUGCGCGGACGGGGUGCUAACGUUGGACGUGCUACAAGAAUCACUCCACGUGUGAGAAAGAAGAAUAGCAGUCGUGGAAGCAGUCAGCAAUCAUCCGGUGGUACCCGAGCAAAACGUGCUAGACCUUCUUUCAAACCUCCACCUGUAAUUUUCCGGUUCCCUGAACUUGCUGACAGAUAUCAUACUCGGAAUGUCAAUGUCCUUGUCGCAUAAUCGACGACAUGGCUGUUCACCGUAUGGAAGGUUCGAUUGGCAUACGAUGCCGUUUCCGCAUGGAGUAGCUGCGAUAGCUCGCCGCCCUAAAUACGACGCAAACUUCGAUGUGGAGGAAUUCAUGCGUGGUGGAAAUUACGCUGGACCGUUUCGCUUACCCGCAGGUGUCACUGUUCGCAUGCAUGCAAACCCGCUUCCAACUCCAACAGGCGAAGUCGUGACCGUUGGUGAAUUCCGAGGGCGAAGGGAUUACUUGGAGUACCUUGGGAUGUCAUCUAUCAGGGAGCAGCCAUGUCAUCAUUGUCGUAAUGCCUACGAUUUUGACGCUGGGUAUGGAAACGUGAUGGGUUGCCAGCAGCGAAGCAUAAGACAUCAUUACGAAUUGCCUUAUCACAAGAAUUUUCCUUUGAUUGGUGCGAUGGAUAGGCAAGGAAUGCGGACAAGAAGUAUUAUGCGACAUGGUGCAACUGCAUCUAGAUCAGACACAUCAAUGUAUCAUAUGUCGCAUGUCUCCCAGCACACUGCAAUAUCUCAUUCGUCAUCGUCAAGUGAUGUUGGGCCAGUGCCUAUCAAUGUAUUCACUGGUUCCGCUCACCCCUCUUGGUCUGGCUCCAGUGUACCUGCCCCGGUAAACUCGGGUUACGUGGUUGCCGGAUAUGAUGCGAAUGCAGGGUAUGCGGCAGUGCCUUCGCAAGUGCCACCAUCUAUGCCUGAGAUGAUGACUGCACAAGUUCCAGUUGUGGACACUCAACAAGUGAAUGCAGGAAACGUCCAAGAUGCUGAAAUGGGAAAUAUGGGAUCUCCGCCGGUUGUCAAUUAUCAAGGCGAGCCUGUUGUUUACAAGCCGGAGACUGUAGAUUACUCUUAUGAAAGCGCGCAGAUGUACCCACAGGUCCUCACUCAGCCGGUCUUCCCGCCUCAGCAUGAACCACCAGUGAUCAGAACUGCAGCUGGUGGCGAAUGUGGUGGAUUGAUCAAAUUUGAAGAACCUAGCGACUAUGAGCAACCGUUUGACGCUGCUGGUGGUGCACAGUAUAGUGAUUACGGUAUGGUGCCGGCUAUGGCGAUGGAUCAACAAGUGCAAUUACCCCCUGUGGAGGAUAUUUAUGCCGGUCGGGAUAACAACCAGCCUUAUGCUAAUCCAUCUACAGGAGAAAACACUAAUACGGUUCCAGAGAACGAUAACAUGUUAGAUGCCGUAAAGGAGGAUAGCGACGAUGAGGGAGCCGAUAUGGCGCAACAUUUCUUCAGCAGUUAAUUCGCAGGAAACAGCCCAGCAAACUUCGUUUUCUGUCCUGCCGUUUGCAAAUCAUAGUUAGCUGGAACGGUACUCAUUGUUGAGGUAUUAGUGAAUCUACUUUGGC